UUAGAGUGUGGCUAUUCGCCGUAACUCUAGUUGGCGUACUAACAAGCCUUUUAGAUUGUAUAUUGUAAACGUAUUAUAGGUUUAGCAGAUGUCUCCCCAACUUUGCCGUUCCUUUUCGGGUUCCAAAAUGUUACCAUUCACGUCUCUAAUUAGAGUGUAAUUGUCCGAAAGCCUGCUGAUCAAUUCAAUUGGUCGUUCCCGUUCGGAUGACCAGAUUUCUUUGGCCAUUUUGAACGGUCUGUAAGGACGAAUCCAAAGUAGAUGUCUAUGAAUCCUUUUGAAUUCUGACCUCAGUGUUUAUUUAUUCUAAACCAACGAACUGUUGUGGCAUUUUUAAUUAUAACGCGCUGUGUUUAAAGGUCGCACCCUGCAUAUAUUAUGAGGCCACCUUUGUAAUUUGUUCUAUCUUGUCGAUUUGGCUUGGAUCCUUUAGCAUAGAACUGGCUUUCUGGAUAGCUGUCAUCGAUUUUGGAGUCCGAGAGAACUAGAAUAUCUGACAAAUUGUUUAUCAGCAUGUUCUUAACCUCGAAGAGCUUGAUUCCGCCGACGCUGUUUGUUUUCUUGUGGUAGGAAGAAGCGAAAUAAACUAGCUCGAAAGUGCUUUCUAGGAAAAGAAACCAUCUCAAAAACUUCGCUCAUCGUAAUUGGUCUUAUUUCACGCGUCUCCAAAUCGGUUUUUUUUUUUUACCCUUUUUCUUCUUUUCUAAGCAAGGUAAUCAUUCUUGAAGUUCUUUUCAUUGGAAAGAUCCCCAAUCAUUACAACAACGUGAAAAGCUUAAUAAUUGACUAUUUCCGAAGUUCUACACUGAAUCAAUUUCCCUCUCUAAUAUUAAAUUAAAUAAUUCUGGAUAGUCAAACUUGAUUGCGAGUACUUCAAAACAAACGACAUGUUGUUUAUCGUAGAUGAGAUCGUCUGUCGAAAGGUUGUUCCAACUCAAGCCACAGCCACAGCCACAGAAAAACCCACUAAUAAUUCAUUGCCAAAGGUUUUCGUUUAUCUCAUUCAAACAGAAAAAUGCCUUCCUUCAAACUUUGCCUCUCCUUCCGAGAUCGGCGACCCCGUGACGUGUAAAUGUGAUGUCAUGGUGCUAAGCUAUCGUACCAAAUGUCAAGGGCAAAAGCCGCCUCACAUCACUUAUUUGUUCUAUCCCAAUACUGGAUGGGGAACAGGACGAAAUGUGCUGUAUUUUGCUGCAAUUACGACAUCCUCAAAAUACCAUUAUUACAUUUUUAUGGAUGAUGAUGUGGUACUACAUUUCAAUUCAUUUGCUUCGCCACAAAUGAAGAGGCUUCCGCCGUUUAGAGUCUUCGAACAUUGGCUCCUAGAUUACGAGCCUGUAGUUGGAGUUGUGGAUUACAAAUUGCAUCAUGGGGCCAUCUGGACCAAUAACUUACGAAAGAAAAUAUGUAACAAGACGGACAGUCCCCUUGUGAUACCAACAGUAUGGUAUGAUGCCCUUUUCAAUGCAUUUCAUUACAAAUCUAUCGAGCAUCUCUUCCCUUACCGUACGCAAUAUCAAAACAUAAGCUGGUGGUCAUCGCAAAGGUACAUGUUUUCUGCUGUGGAACUGAUAUUUCGAGGCCAGGCAUUGAUGUUUGUGCCUGUUACUACGGGAAAUCCAAAACAUCGCCCAUACCCAAGGUCUCUAAAGGACGCAAACUGGAGAGAUUACAUCGAUACGAUUCGAAAGGAAGCUCCUUUAAUUUACAGAAAUCGAACUUUAUUCGAAGAAUUUAGGCAGAAUCUUGCAGGUUACGUUAUCAACACGAAAACAUAUUGCAUGAAUGUAACACGGCAUCAACAGAUUAAACCAUACGCUCAUUUUGAUUUUAAGACAGAGAUGUAGUUGUUGAGGUUAGUGAAGAGGUAAACUAUAGUUCCCUAUUCUUUCUUAUUCUGGGCUCAAUCAGUGGAUAAAAUGCUAAACCCAUUCAAUUAUAAGCCCCUUUGUUUGUUUAUAAACUUGUUGAACUGUAACAAAGUUUCAACAAAGUGAUGUUCGCGAGGAGAAUUAGGACUGAACCGCUAACACAUUGGAAUCAAACCAUUUUUCACUUGGUCGGUUGCAUUCAGUUUAUUUACUGAGGAAGUAUUUCCUGAGCCAUAUUUUAUUCAUUAUAUCUGUGUGUUAGUACUUUCCCUAUGUCUGGGGAGUGUAACGGGCCUUCUUAUUAUUAUUAUUAUUA